AAUCACAAUUUCGUGUCAUCAAAAAAUGUCAAAAUCCAUAGUUAAUUUAUAAAAAUAAAAUGAUUAAAAAUUUUUUAAAAAAUUAAAACACUUUAAAUAAUUAAAAUUAAUAAAAUAAAUAAUCAAUGCUUAAUAUUCAAAUUUGUGCUUCACCUGAAGAAGCUGUUUUAUUGCUUGUAUCAUUGUCAUCUUGGUUAUGUGUUUGUCGAUGGAUUUUUCAAUACAACAUGCAAAAUUACGAGGUUCGAAACUCAUUGGUUAUUUAUUACGUUAUCAUAACAUUUUUGAAUAUGAUUUUUCUGGGACAUUUUAAAAUUGGAAAUCCUUGUUCAAUUGAAUAAAAAAAAAAAAAAAACAAUUAAAAAUAAUUUUAAUUAUUUAAAAAAUUACUCAAUUUUCCCACUGAUUUUAUUAUUAUUUUAUAAUACAACUGUAAGAUGUCUCGUGUGUCGAUGAUAAAAAAGAGAGAAAAAAAAAAAAAAUAAUAAUAAUCGCAGCCAUCGUGUGUUGUAGAAAAAUUUCGCUCCGGCUUGUUGAUUUGUAAUAAUUAAAUAAAUUAUUAAAAUUAAAAUAACAACAUGAUGAACACACUGAGAAUGGUUUCCCAGAGGAGGAUGCACCAGUUGAGACAAUUUCAUAAUUGUAUGACAUAUUGUGAGGCAGCAGUUGCACCAGCAGCUGUAGAAAAAUUAAGCAUUCCUUUACCGGAAAGUGUUGACAAACCAAUUAGUCCAAAAAUCGAAAAAUUAGCACAAGAAAUAACAACUUUAAAUCUCAUUGAGGUUUCUGAAUUGAGUGAUCUUUUGAAAAAAAGACUCAAUCUUCCUGAUGCACCUGUCAUGCCAAUGGGUGGAAUGGUCAUGGCUAAAACUGAUGAGGAAGCUGUUCCUGAACGUGUUAAAACAUCAUUCACAGUUAAAUUGACAAAAUUCGAUGAUAAACAAAAAGUUGCACUAAUCAAAGAAAUUAAAACUCUUAUACCAGGAAUGAAUCUUGUCCAGGCAAAGAAAUUUGUCGAGAGUGCACCAACAGAUGUAAAAUCAGAUGUAUCAAAAGAAGAAGCUGAACAACUUAAAGCAGCAAUUGUCAAAGUUGGAGGUGAAGUUGAAAUUGUAUAAAUAACUAUUAAGAAAAAUUAACGACAAAAAAAAAAAGGAUUAAACUAAAAUCCACUGUUGCUUUCUACAUUUUAAUAAUUCUUUGUUAUUUUAAAAAAAAUAAACAAGUCAAAAAUAAUAAAUAAU